AUGCCUCCUCCUCAACAAGGCAAUUAUGAUCCCCCCCGUCCUAGAUUUGAGAAGAAGCCUGCCAGAAUUUUCACUCCGCUUGUCGAAAGCCGAACAAAGCUGUUUGAGCGAUUAACUGCGGCAGGAUAUAUUCACCCAGUGGGGCCCAAGCCGGUUGACACUAGCUCAAAGUUUUACAGACCUGAUCAGAGGUGCGCGUAUCACUCCAACAGUGUCGGACAUGAUACUGAAGACUGUAUUAACCUGAAGCAUAAGAUUCAAGACCUGAUUGAUCAGAAUGUGGUCUCUCUUCAGACGGUCGCGCCCAAUGUCAACAGUAAUCCUUUGCCAAAUCAUGGAGGCGUCACUAUCAACAUGAUAGAGACAGAUGACGAUUGGUGUGUGUCAAAGGCAAUAGUUUCAGUUGUUCCUGAUGAACUAGAAAGGGCUGUAGCCUCGUUGAGCAUUAGAGAGAAGAAAGAGUUUGUGAUUCUGACACCCGAGAAGGUUGUUGCCUUGGUGCCACGGGAAACUCUUACCCAACCAAAGUUUGUGAUUGAAACAGCUGUUACUCAGGGUAUGACCAGAUCCGGCAGGUGCUACACACCGGAAGAGUUGGCUCAAGGAGGGCCGAAGAAGGACCAAGCAAAAAGGCCGAUCAGUGAAGCCGAAGCUGAGGAGUUCUGGAGAAAGAUACAACCAAAAGAUUAUUCAAUCGUGAAGCAUUUGGAGAAGACACCAGCUCAGAUUUCUGUAUGGGCUUUGUUGAUGAGCUCACAACUGCAUAGGCAAGCGUUGAUGAGAGCUUUGGAUGACACAUAUGUGCCUGUGGGUACGAAUAGCGACAAUCUAGCGGCUAUGAUAAACCAAGUUGUUCGAGGGCACCAAAUUAGUUUCUGUGACGAAGAGCUGCCCUUCGAAGGCAGGAUGCACAACAAGGCUCUGCACGUCACUUGUAAGUGUCGAGACAAGAUAAUAAAUCGUAUCUUGGUCGAUGACUUGGGAAAGCUUCACCAGAACCAAGUGAAUGUGAGGGCUUUUGAUGGAGUGCAAAGAGAUACAUUGGGUGCGGUAAACUUGGAUAUUCUGGUGGGUCCUGCAGAAUUUAAUGUGGAGUUCCAGGUGUUGGAUAUCAACACUAGUUAUAACCUACUUCUGGGAAGACCGUUUAUCCAUAUGGCCGGGGCUAUGCCGUCUACCCUUCACCAACUGUUAAAAUUUGUAUGGAAGGACCAGGAAUUGGUCAUUUAUGGUGAAAGGAGCCACGCCAAUGGGUGUGCACCAAUCGUUGAUGAUGUCUCUCGAGGUUGCGACUUUUACACGGUGGAGCUGGUAAAUGCCACCGAUGAUGACUUGGCUCCACAGCCUCCUAUGCCUACCGUGUACAAAAUGAUUGCUGCUGUCAUGCUCCAGAAUGGUUUCGAACCAGGUUUCGGGUUGGGGAAACAUUUCCAAGGAAUUGUCGAGCCUAUCGAAAUCCCCGCCAAAGGAGCGAAGUUUGGUUUGGGGUAUGUCCCCACAGAGGCUGAUGAAACAGAGAUGAAGAACAAGAGUAGUGAUCAAGCAUUGGCCAGGCCAAUUCCCCAUCUGUACCAGUCAUUCCCGGUGCGAGGAUAUGUCAAUAAUGAUGGUCUCGGGGAAGGAAUCUGUGGCCUUUUUGAGGAGAUUGAUGCGGUCAUUGAGGAAGAGGUUGGGACAUCAGGCAUCCGUGAUGCAGAGCCUGAGGAGCGCUUGAAGAACUGGACCUCCACACCGCUCCUGAUUUCCCGCACAUCUGGGUAG